ACAGGAUUUGAGACGGCCCAGGGUUUCCUCUUCAAGUAGGUUUAAAACAUUUUUUUUUUUUGUCACAACUUCCUUCCUGUUCUAACUGCCAGUACUGAGAAGUCAGAGUUGAGAGACAGAGGCACCCCUGAGAGCAACGUGAACCACGGAAUAUCAAAAUGACUGAAAAGGCCCCAGAGCCACAUUUGGAGGAGGAUGACGAUGAGCUGGACGGCAAGCUCAAUUACAAGCCCCCACCCCAGAAGUCUCUGAAAGAGCUGCAGGAGAUGGACCAAGAUGAUGAAAGUCUAAUCAAGUACAAAAAAACACUCCUGGGGGAUGGUCCUGUGGUAGCAGGGGAUCUUGAAGCCCUCAAAAAAGAAAUCUUUGUGCUAAAGGAAGGUGUUGGAUAUAAAGUCAAAAUUAACUUCAGAGUGAACAAGGAUAUUGUGUCAGGCCUGAAAUAUGUUCAGUACACCUACCGGACUGGAGUGAAAGUGGAUAAAGCAACAUUUAUGGUUGGCAGCUAUGGGCCUCGGCCGGAAGAGUACGAGUUCCUGACUCCAAUUGAGGAGGCUCCAAAGGGCAUGCUGGCCCGAGGCACUUACCACAUCAAGUCCUUCUUCACCGAUGAUGACAAGCAUGACCACCUCACCUGGGAGUGGAACCUGUCCAUUAAGAAGGAGUGGACAGAAUAAGCACAUCCACCUGUCCUUCUCCCCACAUCUUGCCACCUGGGAGAACCCUCUCAGUCAUAUUCAUCCCCUGUCCCUCCUCUGUUCACAGCUGGGCCCAUUCUCCUGUGCUCCCCACAUCCUCUUGUGCAUGAUUCUUAGCCCACACUGCCUCUCACAGUGGUCCCUAGCAUAAGAGGCUUAAAACCCAGGCUUAUACCCUGCCCACUCCAUUUGGUCCCCCAACAGAGUGAGAUCUUCAAUGUUCUCUACCUCAACAAAAAAUCAUUUAAUGUUUCCCUCUCUUAUUCCCGUUUGAGCAACGAGGGGCCAGGAAAUGGACAGACUAUCACUAGCAGUCCUUUUGCCAUAGGUGCUAGUAGCUCAUUCCAUCCUUGGGUUCUUUUGUGGUUGCUGCUGGCUGAAUGCAAGUCUCUAAUCACAUUCCCUGCCAGUUGGGGUUUUUCUUUUGUAAACAACAUAACAAAGUAAGAAUAAAACAAACUCUAUAUAUUCUGA